ACAAAAUUGCCUCCUUGGUAACUCUUGCUUGAAUAAUAUCCUAUCUCAAAGAACUUUUAUGGCCAUGGCUAUAACACUAUCUUUUAUUUUUGUUCGAUUUGUCUGUCUUCUUCUUUUUGCACACCAUAUAAUUGCAAGCUCUGAAAGUGUUGAUCCAACCGAGGGUUUUGUUGAUGUACCCUUGAACAAAUAUAACUUUCAAAAUUUGAAACCCUAUGACUUACCAGUAAACAAGCGGUAUAGUUUCGAGAAUGGCGUUCAUACUAUGUGGGUUUACUCAACAGAUAACCCUCUUGCAAAUGGUAGUCCAACCCACCCUCGCUCAGAAAUUAGAAUUGAGGGAUACUAUUAUGUUACUGGUGUUUGGCAAUUUGAAGGAUACGGAUACAUUCCAUCAGGGACAUCUGGUGUGUGUAUUAUGCAAGUUUUUGGAGCAAAAACUCAUCCUACAACCCUAAUGCUUAAAGUUAACAAUGGUACUCUCACAUACUACUUGAGCAGCAUCCUCGAACAAAACAUAUAUGAUAGGUGGUUUCGAUUGAACGUAAUCCAUGAUACAGAAGCUGCUAUUACAAGGACUUUCAUUGAUGGGAUUCUCAAAUAUGAAGCUUUCAAUCGUGAAAAUUCCUCCCACCAUUUCCAAUUUGGGGUAUAUCAACAAGAAAAUGCUUCCUUUUACACGGAGUCUCGUUGGAAGGGAAUUAGAGUUUUGAAGAAACCUGGUGAUGAUUCUAGAAAAUUACCAUUGAAGAUAGGUAAUAUUUCAAGAAAAUUAUUAUAAUGAAUAAAAGUACUACUUAGCUUGAUGUCCCGUUUCAAAAACAGUGUACGUACUUGAAGAAAAUUUUGGGAAAAAAGGUUAAUAAAUUGAUGAAUCAAUUAAUUAAUUCACGCGUACUUAACUCUUUUUAAUUAUUCGUGACUAUUUUGUUAGUGAUGAUUUUUUUUUUUUUUAUAUGGGGUUGUAUUAAAAUAGUUGAGACCAAGGGAGCAUAAUACACCAUGUCAACAAUGUAAAAAUAUACCAUUUUGAUGUGCUCUAUAGUCUUUUUUAAUGUUGAAAACUACAAAAUGGGAAAAAAGGAGAGUGCGCUUCCACGUUCACACAUUGACGAUAAAUUUUUAAUUUUUUAAUUAAUUAAUUAUUCAGGCGUACACUAAUCCUCUAGACUCACAUGGUGGAACAUGUGUGAGAGA